AUGACGCUCUUCAAUAUCACAAUGGAGAGAAUACUUCUUCUCAUAGCCGUGAUUGCUAUAAUAUUGGUUGCUAGGGAGAAGAGAACGCCCAAGAUCACUCGCAAUGGAGAGUCUCUCAGGAAACCUCCCAACACACUCCCCAUUGUAGGGAACGGCAUUCUCUUCCUGCAACCUCGUCAGCGUCUCUUUUCAUGGUUUGCCCAGUGCGAGCGACUCUUUGGCUAUGAAACCCUCCACAUCUCGGUCCCGUCCCUCCCGCCGGGCGUAAUCAUCAACGACCCACGCAAUCUGGAUUUCAUAUUCAAGAAUGAGGGCAUCUUUGAGAAGGGGGACUUUUUCAAGCAGCGAUCCUGGGAUCUUUUCGGUCAUGGUAUUAUCAAUGUUGACGGCGAGUUGUGGCGACUUCAGCGAAAGGCUGGCUUAAGAUUCCUUGCUGCUCCAGCACUGCGGGCUCUCACGAGUGUGCGCUUACCCGAGUAUCUGGAACAAGCUGUGAGGGCUCUGAAAGAAAAAGCCGAGACGAAGGAGGCUGUGGAUUUGCAGGCUGUGGUGCAUGAGAUUACGACACAACUGAUGGGACGAAUGGCGUACAACAUGGAGAUGCACGCCGACGAUGACUUUACCGUCGCCUUCGAAGACGCUUCUGGGGCUACCGCAGAGCGCUUCCAGAACCCGCUGUGGUUCCUCACAGAGCUCGUUACAGGAGGUCGGAUGCGUGAGGCUAUCGCAAUUGUCAAGGCUUAUGGAAAACGCAUCGUGACGAGCGCUGUAGCUGACCGUGCGAGAGCUGGUGAUGAAAAGGCCCAGUCUGAUUCACCGGGCAGUUUGAUACAGUCGCUGCUUGACUCAAUUGGCGACGAAGGCCUUGUUGCUGAUGCGGCGUUGAACUAUCUCUCCGCUGGUCGAGAUACUGUUGCCCAAGCCUUGACGUGGACGCUGUAUCUCCUCACGAGACAUCCACAUGUAACGACUACACUUCGACAAUCCGUCCAGAGCCUACAUGACGAGGUUGGGGUUGUAUCUGAGAAGCCUCUGGACCCUGAGCUCCUUACACCUACACGGUUGCCCUACGUCCUCGCCGUCUUUUACGAAUCCCUCCGCCUCCGUCCUCCCAUCCCCUUCGAGAUCAAGCAAGCCCAACAAGCCACGACACUUCCAGACGGCACCUCACUCCCCGCCGGUGCCAUCGUCGUCUGGUGUGCGUGGGCCAUGGGCCGCUCACAGACGACAUGGGGUCCAGAUGCAGAUGACUUUCGUCCAGAGCGAUGGCUGACGACCUCGCCGUCUGGGGACAUGACUGUCACACAACGCCCAGCGGCCGAAUUUCCCGUCUUUAACGGUGGACCGCGCACGCUGGCGAGGUUGGUGCCCAUGUUUGACUUUGUGCCUGCGUUUGAAGGGGAGAGGGUGAGCAAGAGCAGCUUGACGCUACCGAUGGAAGGGGGUUUGCCAGUACAUGUGCAGUAUAAGUCAACAUCAACUGUGGAAAGAUGA